ACUGGUAUACAUUGUGAAAUAUUUCAGUUAGAACAUAACAAUACCUUGUAUAUGGAAGCAAACUUUCGUCUCAUAAAACAGAUUCUUGGCUUCUGACGGUUAUACGGACAAAUAUUAAAAAAACACCAAAAAAAUGGCAAACUUAAUACGCAAAAUUCUAAAGCAGACCAAAGAUUUCACCCAAUGGAAAUACUUGAUCAAAAGCAACUUUAAUCUGGCUAACGUAAUGCGAAACAGUACAGACCUGGAGCUAGAGGAACUGCGUUUGGAGCGCGCUGAGCUCGAGGCCCGAUCGAAACUGCUCUGGCAGAGACAGCGUUGCGUCGAAUCCAUGUUGACUGAUCUGACGAGGAGCAUUAAACAAAUGGAAUUCGACAUUGAUCUAAUGCGGAUGCAGAAGCCGGCGUCCAUAGCACCUCAGGAAACCCCAACAAAUGAAAAGCCACCAGCGAAACGGGAGCAAAAGAUAUAGAGAGAUACAGGGAGCGGGAGAGGGAACGAAUGAGAGAGAGGGAGCAAAUAAGUCUGUGAUUUUGUUUUCC